AUGAAAGAAAUAUUCGCGUGCCAGUGUGUCUCCUGGGACUCGUGGAAGAACACGCUGUCACUUGGAUGCCCCGGAACCUCUCGUUCUAUGCAGGCUGAACGUUAUUUCUGUGUUAUAACAGCAGUGCCAGUGGCUCCAGUCAACGUAUCGGUAAGUCAGCUGAGAUCAGACUCCGCCCUCAUCAUCUGGAGUGUACCACAGGGAGACAUUGUCAUCGGAUACGUCAUCUCACAACAGAGGCAGGACGGGCUGAUGCAGCGCUCCAUUCGGGAGGUGAACUCGUCAAGUCGAGCGUGUGUGUUGUGGGACCUGGAUGAAGACACACACUACAGCGUACAGGUCCAGUCCAUAGGUCUUCAGGGAGACAGCCAGCCCAGUCACACUGUCCACUUCAGGACCCUGGAGAAGACUGAUCACUACCCUAUAGGAAGCAUAGACGAUGACCCGACCAUGGAAGGGAUGGAUCUGACCCCUAACCUGCAGACUGGAGAACUACUCAUCGUCACUACUGUACUGCUACUCUGGGCAGCGGUAAUAGCUCUGUUCUGUCGUCAGUAUGACAUCAUCAAGGACAAUGACUACAAGGACAAACCCAAACGCCCCUCUGUUCGGACCGAACCAUCUUACUACAGCACCAGCGUCUCGGCUCAGAGCACGCCACUCUACUACAACGGGGGGGUGCAAGGCAGCAAGGACCUCCUCUUCCUCUUCCAUCAUCAGAGUGUGACAGGAUCUCCUCCUCUUGCUCCAUCAUCAACUGUGACAGGAUCUCCUCCUCUUCCUCCAUCAGCAGUCUGUGACAGAGCCUCCUCCUCUUCCUCCUCCAUCAUCAGACUGUGACAGGAUCUCCUCCUCUUGCUCCAUCAUCAGUCUGUGACAGGACCUCCUCCUCCUCCAUCAUCAGACUGUGACAGUAUCUCCUCCUCUUCCUCCAUCAUCAGACUGUGACAGGAUCUCCUCAUCUUCCUCCAUCAUCAGUCUGUGACAGGAUCUCCUCCUCCUCCUUCUCCAUCAUCAGUCUGUGACAGGACCUCCUCCUCCUCCUCCAUCAUCAGUCGGUGACAGGACCUCCUCCUCCUCCUCCAUCAUCAGUCGGUGACAGAGCCUUCUCCUCCUCCAUCAUCAGUCGGUGACAGGACCUCCUCUUCCUCCUCCAUCAUCAGUCUGUGACAGGAUCUCCUCCUCCUCCAUCAUCAGACUGUGACAGGAUCUCCUCCUCUUCCUCCAUCAUCAGACUGUGACAGGAUCUCCUCCUCUUCCUCCACCAUCAGUCUGUGACAGGAUCUCCUCAUCUUCCUCCAUCAUCAGUCUGUGACAGGAUCUCCUCCUCCUCCUUCUCCAUCAUUAGUCUGUGACAGGACCUCCUCCUCCAUCAUCAGUCUGUGACAGAGCCUUCUCCUCCUCCAUCAUCAGACUGUGACAGGACCUCCUCCUCCUCCUCCAUCAUCAGUCUGUGACAGAGCCUUCUCCUCCUCCAUCAUCAGACUGUGACAGAGCCUUCUCCUCCUCCAUCAUCAGACUGUGACAGGAUCUCCUCUUCCUCCUCCAUCAGAGUGUGACAUCAGGAAGUGACACAAGUCUAAAGGAAGGGACACAAGCAUAAAGGAAGUGACACAAGCAUAAAGGAAGGGACACAAGCAUAAAGGAAGUGACACAAGCAUAAAGGAAGUGAUACAAGCAUAAAGGAAGUGACACAAGCAUAAAGGAAGGGACACAAGCAUAAAUGAAGUGACACAAGCAUAAAGGAAGUGACACAAGCAUAAAGGAAGUGACACAAGCAUAAAGGAAGUGACACAAGCAUAAAGGAAGUGACACAAGCAUAAAGGAAGUGACACAACUGUACAGUAAGUGUCUUAGAUGACUUGAGUACAUGUCCGAUCAAGAGCCCAGUUCCCUUUUUCAGUUCAGUGGCUGAAACUAUCCCUCUACUAUUCAGAACAGAGUAUUUGACAAAGGGAAUCUUGAAAUUGUCACAGCAAUACCACCAAACACCAACCAUGUUUAAGGAACAAGAGAGGAAGGAGCAAGGGGAAGAACCUUCUGACAGAAAGGGAUGAGGCAAAUGUCAUCCGGCAGUGGACUACUUCUCCCCAGUUAGUGAACUACUUCUCCCCAGCUAGUGGACUACUUCUCCCCAGUUAGUGAACUACUUCUCCCCAGCUAGUGGACUACUUCUCCCCAGCUAGUGG